CAUACCGUCCCCUUCGCCGUCGACGCUGUCCCUACUUCGGUCUUUUCUCUUCUUCCCCCUAGAGAUUUCACCCAUCUCUCGUCUGUGGCGCCGCCGAAGGAAGUUCUCCCGGGAACCCUAAUCGAUAGGAGAGGCUCGUUCCGGAUUUACUUUGUCCGUGUUGAAGCCAUUGCCUUGCCGAUGGAUGUGACUGAUACUUCUGAGCAGCCUGCGAAAUCAUCCAAAGAUGAACCUGAUUUUGAUCCAAGCAGAAUGAUUGGCAUCAUCAAGAGGAAAGCUUUGAUAAAAGAACUUGCUGCUGCUUACCAUGCUGAGUGUCUUGCCUGCUGCCAGAAACUUCUACAACUUCAAAGAAAAUGGGAAGAGGAACAGCAGUAUAUUAAAAGAAAAACUCCUCAGGAGUCCGGAAAGCAUACAACGAAGCCCUCUAAACGUCCAAAGAAGGGGAUGUAGAAAAUAUUGUCUCAAUCUUGUAUCUGCCCCCAUGUUCUCUCUUCCACAGAUUUCCUCUUCUUUUGAACUUAGCAUAUUACAUAGAUGAUAUGUUCAUGACAUGCAACACAGCCACUGACUGAUCCUUCAACAAGAAGCAAUGUCAUGGUGAUGCUUAAAAAUCUGUCUAGUUUUUGAUGUAGGUUUCUUCUUCUUGAAACUCGAGUGUCGACAGCUGUCUUUUGUGGGCAACAAUGAUCUUAAUCUCUAUUGUACUAUUCUUCUUCC